AUGGCCCAGUUCAUCUGUAACCUCGCCAAGAAAGCUCUGGCGCUGAUGAAUGCUGCUGUGACUUACUCGAAGCCUCCAUUGGCCACAUUUUGGCACUGUGCCAGGGUUGAGCUGAUUCCUCCAGCCUCUGCUGAGAUCCCUACAGCUAUUCAGAGAUUGAAAAAAAUAGUCAAGAGUACUCAAACUGGUAGCUUCAAACAGCUCACAGUUAAGGAAGCUCUGCUGAAUGGUUUGGUGUCCACCAAGGUGUGGAUGUGUUUUUACUUCAGCGAGAUCAUAGGCAAGCAUGGCAUCAUUGGCUAUAAUGUUUGA